AUGAGACGUUCAGCAGUAACAAAUAAUGAUAAUGAUGAUAAUAACCAAUCGUCAACAACAACAAAUGAAAUGAAUCAUCAACAACAAAAACGUUCAUUAGAAGAUUAUGGUUUUCUAACAAAUUUAAAACGGCGUCGUCAUCUUUCACCACAAAAUGCUAAUAUAGAUGUGAAUAAUGAUAAUGAAACAAUCUCAUUACCAUCUGUUAGAAAGAAAACAAGAACAAAAUCUAAAAAUCAAUCUAUUUUAAAUUCAUCAGUUGAUGCAAAUAAUGAACUUAAUUCCAUUAAUGAUAAUCAAUCACCUCGUAAAUCUUCAUCUCGUCAUACAUCUUCAUUAAUAUCUCAACAAAUGAAUGAAAUAAUUCUACCUAAUUGGGAACGUAUAUGUCCAAAUGUGGAUCAAAUAUUAUCAAAUAAACAUACACAAGCAGGUGUAUUUGCUCAUGAAGUACAAUUAGUUCAACAAGAACUCGAAGCACUUUUAUCUAUGUCAAUAGUACGUGAAAAAAUUUUUACAAAUCUUUCAAAUCCAUCAUUAAAUAAUUCGGAUAUAUUACGUUCACAAAUUCGUCAACAUCAAGAAGCUGAACGUAUGUAUACAUCAAAACAAACGCCAAAAAAAUUAUUACCACCAUUAACUAAACAUCAUCAUCAUCAACGACAACAUGGUCCACAUUUAUUACUUGAUAGACAAGUUUCAAUGGCACCAAUUGUUGGUGCACGUAUCGAUCGUAUAUGGUCGGAUAUAAAUACAUAUUUUCGUAAAAUAUCAUCAAAUGAUGUUUUAACGAUUGAAAAUCUAGUCAAAUUUAAUUGUCAUUUAGAAAAUAAAUUAGAACAAUUAAAAUCUGAUUAUAAUAAUCAAUUAAUAGAUCAAACGAAUAUUAUUGAACAAUUAAACGAAGAAAAUUAUGAACAAUUAUUACAGAUAUCACAAUUAAAUCCAUUAAUUACACAUUAUGUUGAUCGUACAACAUUAGGAACAUUUCAAUCGAAAUUAUAUGAACAUAUGGGACAAACAUCACCUGUUUAUAAAACUCCUAUAUCAAGUCCUAUGCAUGGAAGAAUAUUAGGCAAUAAUUGUGAUGUAAAAGAUAAUUCAGCAGCAUUACGUAUUUCACCACGUUUACAUCCAAAUGAAUAUUCAAAUAAUAGAACAGGAUUAUUUUCUUUACCUAAUCUCAAAAUUGAGGAUGAUCCUGAACUUGUCUCAUCAUCAGCAUCAUCAUCAGCAUUACUAAAAUCUAAAAAGAAAAAUAAACUUAUAUCUAGUCCAUCAUCAACAAUUAAAUUUCAACAACGUGUACAAUUAGUACAAAAUUAUUUAAUCGAUCAACAUCCAUCAACAAAUGAUACAGUUAAAAGACAAUUAUUUAAUGAAAUAAAAUCAACGAAAAAAAGAAAAACUUCAACAUCGAUUUCUUUGCCAACUACAAUAAACAAUAAUGAACAUUGUACAGAUAUAUUUCAAACAAAACUAUCAACAUUAAUAUCUUUAUUACAUGAAUGUUCAUUAUUAAGUUCAUCAGCAUUGAAACGUGCACAUUUACAAUCAGAUAAUGAGCAAGAAUGGCAAAAAUUAAAUGCUACUGAACGUGAUCUUGAAACUUUAAUUGAAAAAAUUGAUACAAUGAGUGGUAAUCAUAAUAAUUUAAAUAUAGAAAAAGCAUUUGAAAAUCUUGCACAAUUAUUAACUGAGUGGAAUAAAUAUGAAGAAGAAUUUGAUCAACAAUUAGAAGAAUUAUUUAUUAUCGAUCAAUAG